UUGAAGUAAAAUGGCUCAUAUAGAUAUUACACAACGUAAACCAAGUCUUCUAAAAGAGGCUGCUAUUCAAAUCGGUGCAGGAGGCUGUGCAGGCUUUGUAGAAGCUUGCAUAAUGCAUCCAAUGGAUCUCAUUAAAACACGUUUUCAAUUGCAAGUCAAGAUGGCACAACAAGAUGCUCUUUACUAUACAGGUAUUUUCAUCAUAGGUUUUGUAUCUGGGACAGUGGCAUCCUGUAUGAACAUACCCUUUGAUGUGGCUAAAAGUCGUAUUCAAGGUCCUCAAGAAACAAUGCAAUACAAGGGUACUCUGCGAACUAUUUACAUAGUUUAUCACAGGGAAGGAUUUAGAGCUUUAUAUAAAGGAUUAUUACCAAAAAUUUUACGAUUAGGACCAGGUGGUGCUAUUAUGCUCAUAGUUUAUGAAAACAUGAAAGCAUAUCUCAAUGUAAAGUUUGGUGAUUAA